ACUUCAUAUAUCGCAAUUCAAGUUGAUGGAAAAAAAGCUUCACACGCACAUCUUGACCGUCAUCAUUUUGUUAUUAUUUCGUUUCAGCCAGCUAAAAAGAAGGGGAAGAAGAAGGUGGCAUCGGCCCCAUUAAAGGCCAAGAAGGCUCUAGAGCCGAAAAAGGUUGUCAAUCCGCUGUUUGAGAAACGGGCGAAGAACUUUGGCAUUGGCCAGGAUAUCCAGCCCAAGAGGGAUCUGAGCCGAUUUGUGAAAUGGCCUAAGUACAUCCGUCUUCAGAGACAGAAGGCAAUCCUUCUACAGAGGUUGAAGGUCCCCCCACCAAUCAACCAGUUCACACAGGCUCUCGACAGGCAAACUGCCACCCAGCUGUUCCGUCUUCUGGACAAGUAUCGCCCAGAGACAAAACAACAGAAGAAAGACCGUUUAAAGGCUAGGGCUGAGGAGCGGACAAAGGGCAAGCCUGAUGCGCCAACAAAGCGGCCCCCUGUUGUGCGUGCUGGAACAAACACUGUCACCACACUGGUGGAGCAGAAGAAGGCCCAGCUGGUCAUCAUUGCACAUGAUGUUGAUCCUCUGGAGAUCGUUCUUCACCUGCCCGCGCUCUGUCGCAAGAUGGGUGUACCAUACUGUAUCGUGAAGGGAAAGGCAAGGCUGGGCCGUGUCGUCUACAGGAAGACUACCAGUUGUCUCGCUCUUGCUGCUGUCAACCCUGAAGACCGAAAUGCCCUCAACAAAUUGACAGACGCUGUCAGAACCAACUUCAACGACAGAGUAGACGAGAUCCGGCGACACUGGGGUGGUGGAGUCAUGGGGAGCAAGUCACAGGCUCGUAUUGCCAAGAUCGAGAAGGCAAAAGCCAAGGAAAUCGCUCAGAAACUUGGCUGAUUAUUACAUGUAUUUAUUUCUGGCCAAUACACCCUUCUUGAAGAGAGA